AUGUCCUCUUUACCGAGAUUGUUUUUUCCUUAUGAUAUUUUGUCUCUUUUAAUUCGUAUUUGUGGGUUAAGUUUGUAUUUAUACUUAUUUCCUGCCUUGUUAAAGGAAAUUGCGUAUAUUCUAUCUCUAUUUAUGCCAACAUUUUUUUUACAAAUAUCACAUCUCUCCGGAUACUACUUAUUUCUCGCAACCACUAUUUGUGUGUUGGAUGUUCAGGAUAAAAUGAUAAACUCUGUUACCUUAUCUAGAGUACUUCAGAUUUAUCAAUUACGUAAAAAAGAACACGGAAUUUUCGAAUACAUAAAUAAUUAUAUUGACAAGAUCAAAGCUUCCAAUAUUCCAAUUUCUCCAUUUUGUCCUUGUCAAAACUCUGAAUUGAAAGUCAAUAAUAGUGGUUGGUGUGAAUCUUGCGGAUUAGGUCUGGUGCCUGGUAUCAUGCUUCCUCCUUGGACCAGCGGGCACCCAGAAAUUAAUAGGAUUAUCUUUCGUACUCAAAUUGAAUCUAAUCAUAUUUUUGAUCAUAUCGAAUGGAUCAAUUAUGAUAGGUUUACAGAUGUUAAAAAAAUUAUAGGAGAUGUUUACUCCGCUUCUUGGGUAGACGGACCGAUGUGUUUAUAUGGAAUGGCAAGAAAUGGCGCUCAAAAUGUGAUUAUUAAAAGCCUUGGAAAAUCUUCUGCUAAUGUGACCCCCGAGUUUCUUCAUGAGCUUGAAUUAUACGUCAAACUUAUCACAUCGUACACGGAAUUACGUUAUGAAUUAUUAGGAUCUAUUCAAUGUUACGGCCUAACUCGAAAUCCAAGUACUCAAGAAUAUAUGUUGGUUAGCGAAUAUAUCAAAGGAGGUGAUUUACGAAAUCAUCUUUCCAGAAACUUCAAAAACAUGAAGUGGCUUGAAGAUAAAUUGCAAAUUCUUAUUUCAAUCGCAAAAGGAUUAAAAUUAAUUCAUGAAUCAGGGUUUGUUCAUUAUAAUUUACACUUGGGAAAUGUGUUGAUUGGAGAAGAUGAGAAACCUACAGUAUUUGAAAGUGAAAACGUUCAUUGUAGCCAAUUUAUCGAUUUGGAUGCUAUCUCAAAAGAAGAAACAUUUGAAGUUUUGGAUGAUG